UGACUUUCUCUCAGUAUUUGUACAGUCAUUGUAGAAUUAAUAUUAGGAAAAGAACACGCGUACCCUCACUUAGUAUAUAUGUGAAACUUGUAACAUGAGUUAUAAGUGAUAUGAUAUAUUGAUAAUCUAUGAUCAAAGAUAUCUAUAUAUGAGAGAAUCUAAUAUGAAAAACGUGCGGCGGACACUCUUUCAGUAUUUGUUUGAAUAUCGCGUGACAUCUCGCUAAUCCGAUUUUAUUUCGCUUUCUCUCUCUUUCGGAACAGCCGGGACGCCGGACCUGCUUCCGUUUCCGGAAGAAGGCGACGGGAACAUGUACACGCUGUCGGAAGCCAACAUGAAGCUUCCUGCGUUCGAGCAGGAACCGGAAGACGCGUUCAUCGUCCGGUAUGCUCCCGUGACGCUGCGCUGCAAGGCCGCUCCCGCCAGCCAGGUCUACUUCCGGUGUAACGGCGACUUCGUCAAGGCAAAGAUUCACACGCGGCUGGAGUCGGUAGAUGGCGCCGGCGUGCAUCACAUUGAGACGAGCGUCGCCGUGACACGCGACGACGUCGAAGAAUACUUAGCAUUGAACGGAUUCUGGUGCGAGUGUGUCGCGUGGAGCGUCGCUGGAUCGACGAAGAGCCAGCGCGCGCGCGUCGACAUAGCGUGUAAGUACUAG